AUGCUCUGCUGCGCCCUUCAAAGCAGUUCGACCAUCAAUGCAAGCACCCGGGGCAUUCACGUUAGCCCCGAGAUCGAUAAGUUUGCGAGCAAUCCCGAUGAAACCUUGAAUGGCGGCCAACUGCAAUGCUGUAGCCCCGGCCUCGAAGGCCGCUUCUUGAUUAACAUCGGCUCCGGCUUGGAGAAGGGAAUCAACAAGCUGAAGAUUUCCUUUUUCGACUGCAAGCUGCAGGGCUGUUCUUCCACUGUAGGAGGUCGCUGGGCUGUUGAUAUUUGCACCAGCUUCCAGGAGAAGCACCACAAGGUCAAGCCGUUCUUUUUGAACGGCAAUAUUUAA